AUGUCCUCAGCGCUAGAGGAGUAUUAUGCAACAAAUUACUCGAAAUGCAAUCUAUCCUAUAAUUAUCUUGCCACGUGGCAGGCAGUUGCCUAUCCGUUACACUCUUCUCAAUUGAUUACCUUGCCUUUCCAAAUAACGGCAUUCUACAUUAUUUUUACCAAAACUACGGUUAGAAUGAAACCGAUGCAACUGCCACUGUUCCUGAAUCACUUGUUCUGUGCAUUAUUCGAUUUCUGUUUAUGCACACUUUCAAGCUUGUUCGUUUUUCAGCCAAUGAUGGCGUUUGCAGGCGUCGGACUGCUUAGUUGGAUUGGAAUAUCAUUUAUUUAUUAGGCAAUUGUUGGAGGAUUAGCGUGUGUUGGUGUUGUUGGUUCCUAUGUUUUCUUAUUCGAAAGCCGUAGUAGCUCGUUACUUCAAAAUCGAUUCCGAAUAUCUCGCAAAAUCUCUCGUCUGAUCUACUACACGUAUUUCGUUGCUCCCUUCAUGGUUGCACUCGUAGCAUUAAUCAUAAUUGCAAAGGAAACAGAUGCGGCUAAAUUGCGAGAUCUGCAAAUUUACCCAUGUCCAACGCGAGAGUUUUUUAUAUAUUCAGUUUGUGUCUUUGAGGGUCCACCAGAUGUCAUAUUUCUUGUUUUUAUCUCCUUGUUGCUACAUUUAACUGGAAAUUCAAUAUUUCAUGUCGCCUGUCUAGUAUAUUACCUUCAUGUCUCUCCCUCACGCAUUAUCUCAAAGAAUAAUCGAAAAGAUCAGAAAGUUUUUUUAUACAGUAUUACGGUACAGCUCUCAGUACCAGUUUUAAUGGCAAUUUUUCCAACAACGACCGUCUUGUUUGCAUCACAACUGGGAUAUUAUCGUCAAGAAUGGAUGAACUUGGCCAUCGACUGCGUUGGAUGUCACGGUCUCGCUGAGAGCCUUGCAAUCAUGUUGGUGCACAAACCGUAUCGAGAAGCUAUUCGAAAGUAUUUCAAGAAAAAUAAUUCAAUUGUCAUCCGCAGAAGUGGAGAGCUCACAUAA